CUCCUGGAGUUUCAGCCCCUUCGGAAUCCACUCAAAAUUUGGAUGCUGCUUCCCAGUCUGUUGUGGCUCCUCAGCAGCGACCCAGCAGCAAGAUUUGCUGGCAAAACCAGCAGGUAAGGUCAAAGUCCUCCCAAAAUCCAGCAAACUGGACAAAAAUCCCAGUGAUAAAUCCCUGGGGGCUGUGACAACCAUCCUUGCAGCUAGAAAAUGGGGCAGGAAGCUCCUUGGGCAAGGGGAAAAAUAGAGAAAUCUUUAAUUAAAAAACAAUUUGAUGAUCACCCGGGAGCCCUUUACCUUGUGUGGGCUGAUUCCCUUGGAAGCACCAGCCAAACUGAAUUUGGGCUCCAGCAUGAGGGCAUCUGAAAUUGGGCUUUUGACCACCUGUGUCUUCAGCCAGUUUCCCCUGUUGACUGUACUUAGAAGACCUGGGAAAUAUUAUUUUUUAUGAUAAAAAUAUUUUUCUGUAUAUUUUUUUAUGCUUUCAAUAAUUUAAUUUAUUUCUUUUGAUCUCACUGAUCAGGAGCUGUUGUUCCUUCCCCCAAGGAAUGAUUUAAGGAUAUUUUCCUAUGGAGCCACAAAACCAGUUUUGAACUGAGGAGGGGUGGGAUGGCAGCUGGGACAGAGAAAGGAGGAAGUAAAUAACGAAAACAAGAGAAAUUGGAAAAAAUGAGGCAGCAGGCAGAGAGAGGAUGUGGGAAUCCCUGAAGACGGUGCUUUUGGGGCCAGGGCUGUCCCUGAGGAUGCUUCCCGGAGUUCAGCUGCGUGCCGGGGCGUUAUCCCGGCGUCCCGGCCAGCCUAUUUUCCAGGCGAGGAAAUAUUUAACUGCGGCGUCAGCGGGCAGGGCAGGCGGCUGCAGGAAUGGAGGGCAGCGGGCAGCACCCGCUCCCUGCUGUCCCCCCUGGCCAGCCUCAGGGUGACCAUCUCCAGCUCCUGCUGCGCCGCAGCCGGGAGGCCAAAAACUGCGCCUAUUGCCCCUACAGCCAGUUCCCGGUGGGAGCCGCGCUGCUCACCGCCGGCGGGGAGAUCUUCUCGGGGUGCAACGUGGAGAAUGCCUGCUACAGCCUGGGGAUGUGCGCCGAGCGUGCUGCCAUCCAAAAAGCCAUCUCCGAGGGGCACACCAGCUUCAGGGCCAUGGCCAUCGCCAGUGACAUGGGGGACCACUUCAUCACACCCUGUGGCGCCUGCAGACAAGUGAUGAGAGAGUUUGGCACAGACUGGGAUGUCUACCUGACCAAAGCAGAUGGCACCUACAUCGUCAAGAGGCUGGAGGAGCUGCUGCCACUCUCCUUUGGCCCCGAGGACCUGAAGAAGGUCUGAGCAGAGUGGCCAUCACCAGCCUUUGCCUUUAUGUACAGGGAACAGUGGUUUUCCCUGAUUCUCUCAGCCUGUAAGCAAUUUUUUGGGAACAACACAGUGGAAAAUAUGUUUAUACUGUUAAGUUGCCUGUUCCUCUGGACAUCUUCUAAUUCAGUGUUGAUUUGCAGACUCCAGCUCCACCUUGCCCCGAGGAAAUGGCAAAAUCAAAUCAUAGAAAUUCCCUGUUAUUAGUAAAAAAAGCAUCCAGACAUCCCUGUAGGCAAGGGAGGACAUGGGUUUGAUGCAGAACUCAAACAGGCUUUGGUACAGAAACCACUCCUGAAUAAUGCAAAAUCAUGGCUUCGGAAAGUGCUGGAUUCUUCAGCUCUAAAAAGAAGUGAAAGCAAGAAGGAAAAGGUCCAUCAGCGCCAGAAGUGACCCAAUCCAGAUUAGGUGGAUUGCUGGAACAGCAUGGUUAUUGCACUGACCAUGUCCUUUGCUCCUUUCUCCCCAGCUUGUUUUCCUUGCUUUUAUUCUGUUUGGGGUGAAGAAGAGGGCAGGGAGUUUUUGGGGACUUCUGGAGGGUUUUGUGUCUCCAGGAUAAUGCCAUUUGUUGAUCGUACAUUGAUGUAUAAUACAAUGAUACAUUAAUUAAUUACAUUUCCCAACCA